AUGCAACCAUAUUCCAGAUCAGGUGGUACCAGAAGGUGCUUUUAUGAAUUCCAAACUGUUGUAGCAUGUUACACCUCAGCUGAUACUGCAACUUCAAAAGAAUGUGUUCCACAAUUUGAAGAUUAUUUCGAAUGUUUGCACGGUUAUAAAGAAAGAGAAAAAGUUAGAUUAAUGUUACAACAAUUGAAAGAUAACGAAGUCAGUCAAAAAGGUGUUACUGCCUCUGACUUGUAUAAAUCUGCCGGUGCAGCUUACCAAAAUUUAGAUUUAAUUAAAAAAGAUUAA